AUGCUUAAAUUAAUCAGAGUCUUAAAGAAUAUUGUAUUUGUGCUGACUAUCGGGAGGAUUUUGGGGACGAUUCGGGCCUCGAAUCCGCUGGGAUCAUCUUCUACAGCAAAUAGUUCUCAACAGUCACCAGAAUCGCAACCACCAGAGCAGCAGGACCCAUAUAAAACGACAUUCGAAGGGGAGCUUGUGAACUUGGAUAUUAAUAGUCUCCACGGGUACUCGAAAUUUACUUGUACCAUAGAAUACACAGAGGUCACGUACCAGUCGGGAAAUAAAUUUAAGAGCGCCCUGGACGGAGAAACAGAAAUAUGGAAGGCAACAAACACGAACGCCUUCAGAUUUAAAUCGCAGCUGUUGGACCUCAAGCCAAUAUCUCUGAGUGUAGAAUUUAAUCGCAACGACGACAGCACAGCCCUGUACUUCAGAAAAAAGUACAAUUCAUCCGAAUGGGAGGGUAUAGAUAAACAGGCUCACAAUCAGUUUGUUGAACUAUACAAAAAUAAACUUAAAGAAUACAAAGAAUCUAUAGAAAAGGAUACUAAAGAGGCUGUAGAUUUAGAUUUAUUAAUUAAAAGUACAACUGAGAUUGAAUUUGAUUUUCAUGACUAUAAAUCAAAACAUGUAAAGAUAUCGGAGGGCACCGAAGCAGCCAAGGCUGCGAAGCAAAACAUAACCAAUACUCAGUAUACAUUGACUAAUUCUGAAGAAAAGGACGAUGCAGGAGUUGUGAAUAAGAUUAUGGAUGUUCUGCUGAGCGACAAAAAAUACCGUAUCGUCAAGGUCAAAGUAAAGACUAAAGUUGGAAUAAACAGUGAUGUUUGGCAAACAGGAGGUUCAGCAUUUUGUACAAAAAUGGUGGCCAAAUGGCAAGGAGAUAAACUUAAGGAAAUUGUUUUAAGCUUGACGUAUAAAGAUAGUGGGAAAAAUAGCGAGUUGCUAUUGAAUGUAACUCCUAAUUGGAAAUAUCUCUACAAUUUUGAAGAGAUUACCGAAAAGGAUUUGGCUACGUUCGAUUUCCAAUACUAA